UGUUGGUACUCCCAUUUGCCUCUAACCCUCAAACUCCUUCAUUCAUUCAUCAUCAUCAGCAAAGCUUCCCAAUUCUCUCUCCCCUGUUUUCUCUCUCUAGAUGACAUCAACCGGAGCAGCACCCGCCAGUUCGCCGUCGGAACCAGAGUGCUGCAUGUGCGGAGAUUUCGGCUUCUCCGACGAGCUUUUCCGGUGCAAAAUCUGCCAAUUCAGAUCCCAACACAGGUACUGUAGCAAUUUGUACCCAAAAGCCGAUUGUUACAGAAUAUGCAAUUGGUGUCUAACUCAAAAGGAGGAAUCCAAAGCCAAAUCCCCAAAUUCUUCCAAUUCUUCUUCCUUAACCACUCGAGAUGAUCACUCCUCGAUCAAAACCCCCCGAAACAAGGAUCAAAUUCGCACUUUUCUACCCCUACAAACCAGACCCAUCAAAAAACAGAGGUCGCCGGAAGCUUCUGAACGUCCACAACCACCGCCGCCGCCGCCGCCGCCUCGUAGAAAACCGAUCGCCGUGGAGGAGAAUCUCCGGCGGACGAGAUCGGAGGAGAUUUCUCACCGGAGUGGAAUCCAACGGCCGGUGAUUUUCCGGAACAAGGUGAGAAGGUACAAACUUCUUGACGAGGUUUCCAGCUGAAUUUUGUUUCUUGCAUAAACCAAACACACAGAUGAUUUGAAUCGUUGGUGGAACAGAGCAGGGAAUCCAGAAGCUUCUUGGAUGAGUGGAAGAGCAUUUUAGCGAUGUUCUUUUUUUUUUUUUUUUUUUUUUUUUUUUUUUUUUUUUUUU